AUGAGGUGGCGAUGGGGUGCCUGGCUCGCCACCCUGGUGGCUGCCUGCGUAGUGGGACAGCAGCUGAACACCACCGCCGAAGAGAAGCCUUCCAAGUUCGACGAAGUGGUCGAUGACAAGAUGUACAUAGAACCUGCCAACAUUACUGAACGUCCUUUACAAAAAAGGAUUCGCCGAGGAACAGUAUGGAGGAGGUACGUUAGGUUCCCAGGUGCUGGUCGACCCUGGGAAUACGGACCACGGAGUCCACGUCUUGUCUUCCGAGACUUGGAGCCUGCACCUGGAUUAGCCCCAUCUUGGUCACAUAACCAACUUCUCCCCGAAGACCAACCUCAAGAUGAGAAGGAGGAUGAUGGUUGCAGCAGCGGAUCUUGCCAGAGUUUGUUAGGCUGUUGGCUGGCCUGGGGUCGGGUCGGUGAAUCCUGCCCUGGUUUCCUCAGCUACUGUUGCGACCACUCGGCUGCCAAAGCUUCCACUUCCCAAGAGCAGCCGCUGCCCCUAUAUGGGCCUGUUACCAACGACCCUAGAUGUGGAGUCUCUGUGAAACAAGGAGCUCAGAGGAGAAUUGUCGGUGGUGAUGAAGCAGGAUUUGGGAGUUUCCCUUGGCAGGCUUAUAUAAGAAUCGGCUCAAGCAGAUGUGGAGGCUCGUUAGUCAAUAGGUACCAUGUGGUGACUGCUGGGCAUUGUGUAGCGAGGGCUAAUGCACGGCAAGUUCAAGUAACUCUUGGAGAUUACGUAAUCAACUCAGCAGUGGAGCCACUACCCGCCUAUACUUAUGGUGUUCGACAUAUUUCAGUCCACCCAUACUUCAAGUUUACUCCUCAAGCAGACAGAUUCGAUGUAGCAGUAUUAAGGUUGGACCGUCCUGUUCAAUAUAUGCCGCACAUUGCUCCAAUUUGCCUGCCUUCCAAAGGUGAAGAUUUCCUUGGUCAGUUCGGCUGGGCAGCUGGAUGGGGAGCUUUACAACCAGGAUCACGGCUAAGGCCGAAAACACUGCAAGCUGUGGAUGUUCCUGUGAUUGAUAACAGGCUGUGUGAAAGAUGGCACCGAAGCAACGGAAUCAAUGUAGUUAUAUAUGAUGAAAUGAUGUGUGCUGGCUAUAGAGGAGGUGGGAAAGACAGUUGUCAAGGAGACUCUGGAGGACCAUUAAUGCUUGAGCGAAGUGGAAGAUGGUUCUUGAUUGGAAUCGUAUCGGCCGGUUACUCCUGCGCUCAACGUGGACAACCUGGUAUCUAUCACAGAGUAGCUAAUACUGUCGAUUGGAUAUCACACAUUAUUAACUCAUAA